AUUGUAAGCGCCGGUUUGAACAAACCACUUUUCUUGUCGAUAAAUGUAAUCGAUAUUUCGACACCUACUGACCAAAUAUAAAAACACAAAUAAACUUCCACUCGCUCAGGUCACAUUUGCUUUAAAAUUAUGGAGUUCAACACGGAUCUCUGCUUCGCGGAGGACUCCAUCGAGCCGUGUCGAGCCUGCGGCAUAUAUUUCACACAUGGCCUGGGCUUGGACCAGGAGCUCGUGAAACCCUUGUUCGACACGGAUGACGCCGCAUCUCCCACGGACAUGGUGGAAAUUCUGGAGCAGAUGAGCGCUUGGAAAAUGCAUGUGGCGCGAGAUGAUGGGAGACCGCAGUACAUGUGCAUCAGCUGCAUCGCUGAAUUUCGAAAGCUGCUCAAGUUCAAGCGCAGUUGCCUCGAGACCCAGGAGCAGUUUGGAGAGCUGGAAUUGCAGCGGGAGCACAACGGCGUGGUGAUCAAGCGCGAGAUCGAAGCCGAACCGGAUGAGAAGUUCUGCGGAUUUGUCUACCUCGAUAUAUCCGACGAGGAGGAGAUCAGCGACGAAGAUGGCAGCAGACGCGUCUCCGCCGCCUUCGAUAUACCGCAUGUGCCGAUCAAGGAAGAGCACAUGGCCCGUGUUCCAAUUCAAAGCAAAACGACAUUCCUGCCGCCAGAGCCCAAGGAGCUCGGGCCAUCUAUCGAGUCUAAUUUUAAGGAGAUGGAAAGCGAUAAGCUGAACGGGAUGUUUUGCGAUGAUGAUUUUCAGGAGGAGGAGGAGGAGGACGUGAUCAUCAAAUUUACUUACGACGAUGACGACGAAGCGGCUGCAACGGUGCCACAGCCCUUGGUUGAAUCGCAGGCGGUUGUGUCGUGUAAGCUCUGUUCCUACGAUUCGCCCAACGAGGAGGCGCACCUGGAACACAUGCAGCGAAUGCACCUGCUAAAAGACUGGGAGUGCCACUACUGUGCCAAAAAGUUCACCAGUGCCCCGGAGUCUCGCAUCAAGUUUCACAUGAAGUGGCACAAGCUGCAGCGCCAUCUCAAAUGUCCCAUGUGCGGCUUUUUCUGCAGCUCCAAAGAAACGCUAAAGACGCACAAGAAGGCCGUUCACACGCGGACUAAGUGCACUUUCUGCGGAAAAAACAUAAGAACGAACUUAAUGCAGCGACAUUUAAAAACGCAUUUGGAAGAUAGCACCGACCAACUGAAUUUAUUGCACCAACCGGAGGUCGAUGUGGAGACCUUUUCACCUACAGCGGUUCCUAUUAUUCCAGAGACGACUGGCAGUCCAGAGCCUUUAUCUCCUGCGGAAUCUCCACUUCCACUGGCAUCAACAACUCCUGAAGAAGAAGACUUUUGUGUCUCUGCCACCACAGAGGAUGUUCCUGCCGAAGAAGAAUCUGCUUCUGCGUUGGAGCCGCCUGCCAUCGUUGACUCUCCUGAACCGGAUUAUUCCGUUAACGAUAUUUGUGUCGUACAGUGCGCGUUCUGCAGCCACACCUUCGACGAUACUGUGCAACUGGGAGCUCAUGUGCUGGCCACACAUAGAAAACCAAAAAAGAGACUGCAUUCUCCAGACAAGACUCCGCCGUCCAUUAAGCCGGCGAAGGUCAGUAAGCAAGAGAUCGAGAAUAUCCUACCUUUAGCCACGCCGACGGAAGAAACAUUCGCGGAAGAUGGCAACUUCAAUAUAAUAGAUGGGAGCCUCAAUGGUAGCUCCCUAUACUCCGAACACAAACACCAGAAUGAUAACAAUAAACCCUACUCGCGGUGUCCAAUUUGCCACAAGACGUUCACUCUGAAGUUCAAACUAAAUCGACACAUGGCGAAGCACAAGCCGCCAAUCUGAGGAAUUUCUAGUUUAAAGCCAUAAAAUAUUAUUUUUUUUACUGUCCCUAAGCAAAGAUUCUUAACUCUUAAUACUAAAGAAGUAUUAGUAAAUUUCACUUAUGUUGAACCAUGUGACAAACAUUAAAUAUUAUGUUCCUCAA